AAAGAUAUUUAAUCCCUAACUUCUUUCCUUCAACUCCCACCAACCCAAUCAUUAUGGAUCAAAAACCUGAAACACCCUCACUCCCACUAAUCACCCGUUUCAAGCUUUGGGUUGUUUCCACUCUCACAAACUGGGGCAUCCGACGCGAUGGCACCCUCGAUAGGCGCUUUCGCAACCUCAUUGACUUCAAGUCUUCUACGACACCAACACCCGUUGAAGGUGUCAAGUCCUAUGAUGUUUCCAUUGACCCGAAUCGUAAUCUCUGGGUCCGUGUAUUUGCCCCUGUUGUAACCAAUGACAAAUUGCCCGUAAUAGUGUACUACCAUGGGGGCGGGUUUUCAUUUUACACCGCGGACAGCAGUCCUUUUGAUGUGCUGUGUAGACGAUUUGCUAGUAUGAUUCCUGCUGUUAUUGUUUCUGUUAGUUAUCGAUUGACUCCAGAACAUCGGUAUCCUUCUCAGUAUGAUGAUGGACUUGAUGUCUUGAAGUUUAUUGAUGAUGGUUUCAAUGUCGAGAAAUUGCCAGAGAACGCUGACCUGCGGUAUUGUUUUGUUGCCGGAGACAGUGCUGGUGGAAACCUUGCCCAUCAUGUUUGUGUUAGAGCUUCUCAGAACAAGUUUCACAAUCUUAAGGUUAUUGGACUGGUGGCGCUACAACCUUUCUUUGGAGGAGAGGAACGAACCGAAUCAGAGUUAUCACCUGAUACUUCGAUAGGCCUAGCACUGAACCAGACCGAUUUCUAUUGGAAUGUGUUCAAGCCACUCUCCUCUUCAACCGACGAAAAAUGGGACAGAGACAAUGAAGUGAUCAAUGUUACUGGGCCGAGGGCAGCUGACAUAACUGGUUUGGACUUUCCAACAACGUUAAUCGUUCUGGGAGGACGUGAUAUCCUCAGGGAUCGGCACAAAAUGUAUUAUGAGUGGCUGAAAAAGUCAAAAAAAGAUGCAUAUUUGGAGGAGUAUCCAUACAUGUUUCAUGGCUUUUAUGCAUUUACAGAAGUGUCUGAAGCCACACAUGUUAUAUCUGUAAUAAGGGACUUUGUUCACAAACAAAUGAAUACAUCUGCUGAAUAGAUGGACCCGGCACAAGAAAUGUUCACAAGCAUAUGUUUUUGUAGUAAUUGAUGAGUUGCAAUUAGCUUAGGUAAAAUAAAAGUUGUAUCCUUUCGUUGUACCAUAAAAAAAUGUUGUAUAAUUCACAAAGCAUUUCUGAGAUGUAUUAAAAAAACAA